GCAGCACCAGCUCGGGCUUUUCCUGCCACCAUGCAUAAAACGGACUCGCGGGGCCCCAGAGCUCCAGAUCGCACCACAGUGCCUCCAGCCAGCUCCUGCGCUCCAGACUCCAGCCACACUCCUGCUCAGCGCCAUGGCCCCAGCCACACGUCCUCUCCUGAGUGCAGCGCUGCUGUUGCUGCUGUUGCUGGCCACCAGCCACCAAGCUACAGGGGCUAUUGUGGUCACUGAGUUGCGCUGUCAGUGCCUGAAGACCAUACCAAGGAUUGAUUUCAAGAGCAUCCAGAGCUUGAAGGUGACGCCCCCAGGACCCCAAUGCACCCAGACUGAAGUCAUAGCCACUCUCAAGAACGGUAAAGAAGUUUGUCUCGACCCUGAAGCCCCCUUGGUUCGGAAGAUCAUCCAAAAGAUACUGAACAAAGACAAGGCUAACUGAGCUGGAAAUCACUGGCGUGUGGGCUGCUGUACCUCAAGGAGAAGAUUCAAAGAGAAAAGAAACAAACAGCACCCAGGAAGCCUGGAUUGUUCCUGAUGCGUCCUACUGUCUGAAAGUUUAACUAUUUAUUUAUAUAUGUAUUUAUUUAUUUAUUUUUCAUUUCUCGGAUAUCAUUACGUUUAUUGUGAUAUUUAAAGAUAUAAAAGUUUGGCAAUUCUCUGUAAUAUUUUAAAAGGUCAUUUUAAUAUGUUAAAUCAAAGUUAUUUGACUUAUGUAGUUGGAAGGUAAUGAAUUUUGAAAUCUGUCCAUUCAUUAUUUUCUGAGGGGGUGAGUUAGGCACUAGCUACAUCAUGCCCUUGCUAUGAUAGAGACUGGGGGAAGACUGGGGGGAGAGUCAUAGACAGAUGCAGUCAGAUUGCUUUUGAGGUAGGAUUGGGCAUCUAUACAUCCGUUUUUAUAGGUAUCAAGAAGAAUAGAACAGCUGUUGUUUAUUGUUCAAUGUUUUUGCACUAUGUGGACAGCAUUUCUGAUGCUGACUUUUCAAUCACAGUAAUGUGAGUAUCCCUUGGACAUUUUACGUCUUCUUUGUAAGGCACAGUGCCUCGGUUAGCAAUUAUUUUGCCAUAUUUUCUCAUGUCUUGAAGUGGAAACAUUUAUUUAUUCA